AUGUCAAAUACGAGGAAGAUUGACUGGGAAAAGGUCGACCAACCCGACCUUGUCCUUCAACGCUUUACGAGUAGGCGAUCGCAAGUAUACGGCACAAAAGGCGUCGUUUCGGCCUCUCAGCCACUUGCAGUAGAAGCUGGACUGGAAAUCCUUAACAAAGGUGGCAAUGCGGCGGAUGCAGCAGUAGCAACUUCUGCGGCUCUUAAUUGUACUGAACCGACUUCUUGUGGCAUUGGAGGAGAUGCCUUCUGUUUGUUCUACGACGCAAAAACGAAACAGGUCAAAGCACUUAAUGGUUCAGGACGUUCACCUCAGAAGCUCACAUUGGAAUAUGUACGCUCGCGCGGGAUCACGGGCCGCUCAAUACCCCACACAGACUUGAACUGCGUCACUGUUCCUGGAGCCGCGGCAGCAUGGGUUGAUACAGUAGAAAAACUUGGAAGGGGAAACCUCACAGUCGCUCAGGUGCUUGAACCAGCGAUUCGCCUCGCGGAAGAAGGUUUUCCAGUUUCAGAAUUAAGCAGUUACUCUUGGCAACGCUCGGAGCCACUCCUUAAGCAUGCAUCGCCAAACGGCGACGCUAUGCUUCUCAACGGCAAGGCGCCUCUUCCCGGACAGAUCAUGAAGCUCCCAGACCUUGCCAAGACAUUCAGGUCUGUCGCUGAACAUGGCAAGGACGGUUACUACAAAGGCCGCAUCGCAGAAGCAAUUGUCGAGCUUAUCCAGAGCAAGGGCGGUCUCAUGGAACUUGACGACCUUGCAAAGCAUGAAACGUCAUUUGUAGAGCCCAUAAGUUAUACCUAUGGAGGUGAAGUUACUGUGUACGAGUGCCCUCCAAAUGGACAAGGUAUCACCGCACUUAUGGCUCUGGGAAUACUCGAUAGUAUACAAGAUCUGUUUUUAACGAAGCCCAUCCAGGAGAUGGAGCACAACUCCGCCGAAUACCUACACUUACUGAUUGAAUCGCUACGACUCGCUUUCGCAGAUAGCCAAUAUUACGUGACGGAUCCUGAAGUCGAACAUAUACCAGUGAAAGAGCUACUAAGCAAGGAAUACCUGGCAUCACGGGCAAAGUUAUUUGACCCUUCACGAACAAAUCCAGAGGUCAUCCACGGAAAUCCAACGAACUCGUCUGACACAGUUUAUUUCUCUGUCGUGGACCAGUGGGGUAAUGCAUGUAGUUACAUUCAAAGUAACUAUGCAGGGUUCGGAACGGGAGCCAUUCCCAAGGGUUGCGGGUUCACCCUGCAAAAUCGAGGCUCGGGUUUCGUCCUGCAGGAAGGCCAUCCUAAUCAAUUGAAGGGUGGUAAACGUCCCUAUCAUACCAUUAUACCAGCCAUGGCCCUUCGCGGGGAUGAGCUCUUCCUCUCUUAUGGGGUUAUGGGAGGGUUCAUGCAACCCCAAGGGCACGUCCAGGUCCUCUUGAAUAUGCUUCGCGGAUUUACGGCCCAGGCUGCCCUUGAUGCGCCGCGGUUUUGUAUCUCGGCAGGGCCUGCUGACUCGGAAGUGGGAGGCGUGACUGGCAAGGCUGGGGACAUCAGCAGUGAGGUAUACUUUGAGGAAGGUAUACCAGAAUCUGUAGUGCAGACACUUCGAGCGAUGGGCCACAAAUCAUUUAUCGCUAAGGACUUCCAAAGAGGGAAGAUGGGCCGUGGUCAAGUAAUCCAAAGAAUCGUUGACAAGGCUAGUGGUCGUACUGUCUGGGCGGCUGGUUCGGACCCUCGUGCAGAUGGACACGCGGUGGCUCAGAUCUGA